UAUCACACAGGGUGUAUUGAAGAAAAAGAAGAGAAACCGGUAUUCUCAACGCCUGUGUUUAUUAAAGAAACCCGUCGUUAACAUCAGCCGCUGGCCGUGGCCUUUCAAUCAUAACUCACAUUUUAAAGUUAUAUUUAUUUCAUGACGCAUGUCUCCAAGUAAGUAAAUGCACUGCUUUGAUUGACUGAUGAGGUAUUUGCAUCACAAGCUGCGGUUUGAUUGAUCUUCCUUAGGGGCAUCAAUACAUAACUACAUAUUAAAAAACAUAUGCUUUGAACACAGGAGAAGGAAACUCAAAGUCCGGUUUAAAGUUAAACAAUAAAUGGCUUCUUUAAAUACGUCUGUACGGUGGCUGGACCUGCUCUGCUCCUCUCUCCUCUCUCCGCGCUCUGGCUGCGCGCCGUUUUCCGGAGGGGGCUCCUUUAUAAAUCAAAUCCACCGUCCCCGGUUCCUCCUUCCUUAUUGGUCAGGGGGAGUCGUUACCUCACUCCGGGGCCGGUGACGCGGCGUCUUCGCGUAUCCUUCACGCAGCGCGUCACUCCUUGUGUCUUAUUGAGAAGUCUUGCGGUCGGUCAGAGCGGGAGACGGGACCAGCUGCGGACGGACCGGGUGCGCUCGAUACUGAACACUUCCAGUCCCAGGAGGAGAGCGGCGCACAAGAGCAGACUCUCUCUCUCUCUCUCCCUCUCUCUUUCUCUCUGUCUCGCGCACUCUCUCUUACACACUUUCCCUACAAGUCCCUCUCUCGCUCUCUCUCUGUCCCUCGCGCACACACGCCCGCGCGCGCGCACUCUCUGCAUACAUCUCCACAUUGCCGUGGUAGAUUACGGCAUUGAUCUCAACGAGGAGCGCGGAUCCGUCUCUCGUGGUCUAUCUUUUCUUCGACGGACCGACUUGGAGGAACCAGAGAGAGAAGUAACUCUUCUCAUCCUGCAUGUCUGUGAGGACCCCCGGUCAUGUCCGUUUAGCUGCCCUGCGUGAUGCCUGAUCAUGACAGCACCGCCCUCCUAAGCAGACAGACCAAGCGCCGCCGCGUCGACAUCGGGGUGAAGAGAACCGCGGCCAGCGCGCUAUUCGACCACGCCAGGGAGACCCUGUUCGAAAGCAUGAACCAAUCACACGGCCCGAGCCCGGACGGAGACUGCUCGCUGGUCGGUCACGGACACGGCGACGGGGAGAAGUCCAACGUUUUGAGGAAGUUGCUGAAGAGGGCCAACUCGUACGACGACGGCAUCAUGGCUUUCCCCGGCGCCACCAUCAUCUCUCAGCUGCUGAAGAACAACAUGGGGAAGAACGGAGGGAGUGACUCCGGCUUCCAGGGGAGCGGCGCUCUGUCCAGCGGCGGCUCCGAGAUCCACGGCGAGGACGCCUGCAGCAACUCGUCCCGCGACCGGGACAGCCCGUCCUCCUGCCUCUCCCCGGGGCCUCCUCUCGCCCCUCCGCCUUCCUCCUCCUUCGGGCGACCGCCGCCUCCCUCGGGCCUCAACCCCCACGCUCAACCCACAGCCCUCUCCCUCUCCGCGUUCGACCUGGACCGGCUGUCGGACGAGCACCUCCGCGCCAAGCGCGCCCGCGUGGAAAACAUCAUCCGCGGCAUGAGCCACUCGCCGCUGGUGCGGCCCAACGGCGACCACAACCCGGAGGGCAACCGCGAGAACGAGAACUGCAGCAUCGGCAGCAACGACCACCGGCGAGACGGCGGCGGCGGGCGCAACCACAGCCGGAGCGACGGCCCCUCGUCGCUCCUGAGCUCCCCGGGCGCGGCCGGCGGCGGCGGCGAGGUCAACAGGGAGAACAAGAGGAAGCAGCGGCUGCCGCAGCAGCAGCACAGCUUCGCCCAGCUCGUGUGCUCCCGGCAGGAGCAGCGGCAGGAGGAGAGGCGGCAGCUCAAGCUGCAGCUGGAGGACAUGCAGAAACAGCUGCGUCAACUGCAGGAGAAGUUCUACCAGAUCUACGACUCGGAGACGGAGGAGGAGGAAGACGACGGCGGCGAGGCCGACCGAGGGGGAGCGAGAGAGGAAGACGGCGACCUGUCCGAGGACAGCGUCCGCUCCGACGGCCUGGAGGAGAGGCACGGGGACCGAGGUCGCCGCGGCAACGACGGCGCCCUGUCCCAGCUGGACCCGGGCCUGUUCCUGGAGCGGGCCCGGGCCCUCCUCCGGGAACAGGCCCUGAUCGACAGAGGCAUGGAGGAGGAGGCGGACGGCAGGCGGGAGGCGGAGAGGAGCGCGGAGCGGGCGAUGAAGAGGAGGGAAAGAGGGGGAGGAGGAGGAGGACGGCAGUUGGCGGAGACGCUGAAGCAGGAGCUGAACUGCGCCGUGUCGCAGGUCGUCGACACCGUCGUCAAGGGCUUCUCGUCGCCCACGCGGGCCGCCGGCCACCACGGCGGCGGCCCGCCGGCGGCGCCCUCCUCUUCCUCCAACUCGUCCUCCUCCUGCCCUCCCCCUUUCGGCCCGCUCGCCUCGCUCACCCCGGACUCGCGCUUCGGCGGCGCCCUGGCGCUCGGUGUGAACGGCGACCCCGGCAGCCCGAUCCCGAGCUACCGCUCCUCCUCCGGCCAGCGGCCGCACUGCUUCGGCGACGUCGCCGUGCCGACCGCGCCGGACUCGUUCGGCCGGCUGGGCGCUCUGCAGACGGCGUGCGACCAGACGGAGGCGCUGCCGCUGGUGGUGCGCAAGAGCGGCGGCGGCGGCGGCGGAGGAGAGAACACUAUCCCCUCUCAUCCUCCUCCUCCUCCUCCUCUUCCUCACCACCCCUCCCUCCACCCCUCUCCUCUCACGGCCUCGCUCGGGUUCAGCCCUCCAUCCUUUCGCCACCCGUUCCCCCUCCCCCUCAUGGGCUACCCCUUCCAGAGCCCCCUGUCACACGGCGGCGGCUACCUCCCGGGGCCCAAGGACCACCACCGGUCCUCCCCCGAUUCUAUGGACUUGACCCGGGAAGCCGUCAGCCUCAGAACCAAAAUGGCGUCCCUCGGAGGGGGCCACCUGAGUCACCACCACCACCACCACCACCACCGGCAGAACUCACCGGGCCAGCACGGGCCGGAGGGUCUGUCCCUGUCCCUCAUCAAGUCCGAGUGCGGGGACCUGCAGGACAUGGCCGACAUGGCGGCGUACUCCGGCAGCACCAUUCAGGAGGGCUUGUCUCCUAACCACCUGAAGAAGGCCAAGCUGAUGUUCUUCUACAGCCGCUACCCUUCCUCCAACAUGCUGAAGAUAUUCUUCUCGGACGUCAAGUUUAACCGCUGCAUCACCUCCCAGCUGAUCAAGUGGUUCAGCAACUUCCGGGAGUUCUACUACAUCCAGAUGGAGAAGUUCGCCCGGCAGUGCAUCAACGAGGGCGUGACCGCCACCGACGAGCUGGUGGUGAGCCGCGACGCCGAUCUCUUCAGGGUGCUCAACAUGCACUACAACAAGGCCAACGACUUCGAGGUUCCCGAACGAUUUCUGGAGGUCUCCCAGGUGACCCUCCACGAGUUCUUCAACGCCAUCGUGGCCGGAAAGGACGCCGACCCGUCCUGGAAGAAGGCCAUCUACAAGGUGAUCUGCAAGCUGGACAGCGAGGUUCCCGACAUCUUCAAAUCCCCCAACUGUCUACAAGAGCUGCUCCACGACUGAGGGAGGGGCCUCCUGGGGCCCCGGGAGGAGACCGGAAGGGGGGGAACCGGUCUCCGGUCCGGGUCGGACCUUCGUAAUGCGGCGCAGAGACUCGGGGCGAGGCUCCCGGAGAGGUUUGUUGACGGUUGUUUUUUGGUCAGCCCAACUUUUUAAAAAAGGACAAAGUGGCCCUCAACGUGUUUUAUAAAAGGAGAAGAAGGAUCGCUCCGGAACUCAGACUUUCCUCGAUGAAAGCCAAAAAGCUCCUCCGGAAUCCUCUUUCCUCCUCCACAUUGUUCCGAGCUCCCGGAAGACGACGGAAUUUAAAAAAUAAAGAUGAUAAUAUAUUACGAAGAGAAAAAAAAAAAAUCUUUUUAUUGUGGAUGUUUUUAAGUAACAUGGACAUUUUGUUUUUUGGGGAAAUUAUGUUUCUGUUUUUCUUUUCCUCCUUUGUAUAAGCUUAGUCUUCUAUGAACCUUCAGUCACUCGCAUAGACACACACACACACACACAUCGUGAUUAGGAAAGCACAGUAGCAUUCCCCAAAUCCUCACCUGAACCCAGACGUGAAUAAACUUAGUUGAUGUUUUAUUUCCCUUCUUUUGUCACCUCCUCUUUUUACUCCUCCCUCCUCAUACUGUUCUGAGACUUACUAGGUGUUUGUUUUGACUGUGUGCCCCCCCCCCCCCCAUCCUGGCCGCCCCUCUUGGCCCACGUUGCAUUCGGGGCACCCCGGAGCAUCGAAGACAACAAAAAAAGAAGAAAAACGUGUAUUCUAUUUUAAUAAAUCCCUUAGAGCUAGAUAUUACUCCAAACUAUGUAACAGCAAUAUCUGACGGAGACAUGCACCUCAAAUAUGGUCCAAAAACAUAUUUUCAAUACACAUAAAUAUAUUUACUUUUGGACACUUCAUUUGAUGAUUACGUUUCUAGGAACCAAACUAUUAAUUCCAGUCUUCUCCGCAGUGCAUCUUUUACCACAAAUUCUUAGUUGUUAAAAUUGAUUGUGAGUUCAGAGUCGUCGUCGUGUCCGAUUCGAACAUCGUCUGAGACGUGCGUCUUCGCUCCGGGGGUCCGAGGGGGGGCAGCGGCCGGGUCACGUGUGAAGUGUUUAAGGUUUUAACAGGAGAAAAAUAAAUUGAAAUAAUUAUUCCUA